AUGGUAUGCUUCCAUUGUCAUAUGGUAUGCUUCCAUUGUUAUAUGGUAUGCUUCCAUUGUCAUUUGGUAUGCUUCUAUUGUCAUAUGGUAUGCUUCCAUUGUCAUUUGGUAUGCUUCCAUUGUCAUAUGGUAUGCUUCCAUUGUCAUAUGGUAUGCUUCCAUUGUCAUAUGGUAUGCUUCCAUUGUCAUAUGGUAUGCUUCCAUUGUCAUAUGGUGUGCUUCCAUUGUCAUAUGGUAUGCUUCCAUUGUCAUUUGGUAUGCUUAGAUUGUCACAUGGUAUGCUUUCAUUGUCAUAUGGUAUGCUUCCAUUGUCAUAUGGUAUGCUUCCACUGCCAGCAUUGUUGGAUUCCUUCCCCUUAG